AUGUCGAAAACCGCCAAUGUCUUGCUUUGCCGCGCUGCGCCAGCGCUGCGCUCGUCACUCUUCUCGCCCGCUCGUGCGCCAUGCUUACGCCGAGGAUUUGCUCAAGAAACAAGCUUCCAGAAGCCGUUGAAGCUAAAGGGCGUUCUCAAGCCCUUGAAGCAAUUUAAAGUUACGCCUACUGUGGGCACAGAGUUUCCAGAGGCAAACCUUGUUGAUUUGAUCAAUGCGCCCAAUGCAGAUGAUUUUCUGAGAGAUCUCGCCAUAACUGUGUCGCGACGUGGAGUCGUCUUCUUUCGCGGCCAGACUGAAAUGACGAAUGACAUCCAGAAGCAUAUGAUCCAGCGCAUGGGAGAACUCGCGGGAAAGCCCAAGGAAUCAACCCUGCACAUCCAUCCCGUGCUCAACCCCCAGCGAGCCAUGGGUGGUGACGAUCUACACAUCAGCACCAUGAACUCCCGCCAGAGGAAACUUGUCAAUGGCAAGUCGACGCCGCGCGACCUGGGAGACGAGAGACAAGUGUUUGAGUCGUGGCACAGCGACAUUCAGUCUGAGCAAGUUCCAUCCGACUACACCUGCUUGCGACUCGUUGAACUGCCCGAGAUUGGAGGAG